AUGGCCAUUAACACAGAUGUCCAGUAUGAGAAGACACUGAGCGGAUCAGGUAACCCUGUACCUGAAGAUGACCAUGAAACUGAGAAACUCCUCACAUCUGCCUCUGAGGCAAAAGAAGAGAAUGGGAUGAAGAAGUCUUUCUCAGUUACCAUGUCCAGCGAAAAGUCUAUAGGAGACCUGGACCAAAAUGGGCACAGCCUGCCCUACAAGUCAGUCUCUGCAGGACAAUUGGAGUCUUCUCCCCUCUCGCCUUCCAGAGGCAGCCUGGCCAGGGCUUCUUCUACAGCCACCACCACCGCCCAGGAGCAAAACAGGCCCACAGACUAUCUGGUCUUGGCCAUCUUCUCCUGUUUUUGUCCUGUUUGGCCAGUCAACAUAGUGGCUCUGGUCUUCUCCAUCAUGGUGAGUAGUAUGGUCCCAGAUGGGAAUUUCUAG